GUCAAAAUAUUUCCGAGGGCGACGCUUGCACGGGGACUUCGACAUUAGGGUGGAGCAGGCCGAGUUCAAAGAAAUCACUCUUACAGCCAACUGUGAGAGCGGCACCGUUGUCAGCAUGGGUGUCUACCGAAACGGCACUAAAGUUAUCAGAUCUUUCAGACCGGAUUUUGUUCUCAUACGACAAAACUUAAGGGACGCGGGUGAAAACUACAAAAAUCUGCUGAUUGGGCUCAAGUUUGGAGGGGUCCCAAGUAUCAACUCACCGAAUGCUAUUUAUAAUUUUCAAGAUAAACCCUGGGUGUUCUCUCAUUUGCUCCAAAUUCAACGAAGACUAGGCAAGGAAAAUUUUCCUUUGAUAGACCAGACGUUUUACCCUAACCACAAAGAAAUGUUGAGCGCGCCUAAGUUCCCGGUGGUGUUCAAGGUUGGCCACGCCCACAGCGGCGUUGGGAAGGUGAAGGUGGAAAACAACACGGACUUCCAAGACAUGGCCUCCGUCGUGGCCGUUGCCAACACCUACUGCACGACCGAGUCCUACGUUGACAGCAAAUACGACAUCCAUGUCCAGAAGAUCGGCACAAACUAUAAGGCCUUCAU